UCAAGGCAUGGACACAUGACUGUUGGACACACCGCCUGACUCUCUUUCAAAACGGGUCAGAUUAUAUGCAGUCAUAUUAUUCUAUCGACCUUCGUCCUAGUUCCCAUCCAUCUUUGAGUCCUUGUGUAAAGGACACAAAUUUAUAUCAGCGUCGUGUCACGGCAGCUAAUAAAAUCAUCCGAUGCUCGGAGCCCCUGCAAUGGCGGACUUGGCAGCGACGGCCGCAACGGAGGAGAGAACAGAGCCAGAUUAUGACGGGGUUAUCACGCACAUCACCCGUUUGAAGGCCUGCAACGAUGAGAUUCUCUCAACCCUGAAGCAUAACACAGAGCUUUUAAAUGAUAUACUCAAGACACUGGUCCCGUUACGAAGCUCCGAUAUGGGCGUUUUCAAAAGCACAUCUCAUGGCUCCGGUCGAAGAUUGGUGGAGACGACUGAGCUGUUAGAAAUGAUCUUACUACGCCUCCGACGGAAAGAUAUCCUUUCGGCACAACGUGUGAACCGGCGUUUCAGAUUUGUGAUCGCGAAGUCUAGACUACUGCAGCACAAAUUGUUCUUCACGUCCCAGCCUCCAUCUUCCAACCCCGCUCAAGCACGAAUCAACCCAUUACUGUUCAAGAAGCCUAUUCUCGCUCGUUUGCCCGUGUACCUCGAUCUAGACAGCCGCCGUUUAGCUUACGUCCAUCGCAAAGGACGGGUACGAGUUCUUUGCCGGUCAGCGAAGCUCGAAGUUGAUCACGAAACUCACGAAACUUGGCUCAAUCUUAGCUUCAAGGCAAACAAUCCCAAGGUCUCAUCAGACCAGAAUCGUGUCCUUGAAGUUCCACUCGGCGUCGGGACUUGGCGCUCCAUGUACAUCUCACAAGGAACUGUUGGUGUGAAAUGGAAUGUUACCGUUUAUGAUCGCCGUCUCUCUUACCGGGAGUUGUCCGGAGUCCUGAAUGGUGAAUAUGUCCUAGAUCGACUGCUCGAAGAGUUGGCCGCUGCGUCUGUCGAUGUUUCAUAGUAUGCGAAAUAUGUUGUUUCCUAGCAAAAACAAAUUGUUGGACUUGUUCUACGCUGUGAAGCAGGAACGGAUAGCCAUGUUCGGAUUGACACUUCAUGCACUAA